UAUAAAAUAAUCUGACGUGUAUGAAUCAACUUUGACCUGUAACCUCUAACCCGUACCAGACAUACCGGCCGGCCGGGUCUGUAUGUUUGCGGGCGUUCCGCCUCAAUACACCUGUAUUAAAGGAACUGGACAAAACACAACAGUGAAGAGGGGACAGCCAUGAUGGACGUCAUGUCAGAGUGGCUAUCAGGAAACCAGCCUGAUGGUUUGAGUCCUUCAGAAAGUGGAAACCUCACAGAUAGAUCCACAUGUGACACUACUCCGCACAGAGAAACAAGACUUACAACAGGAGAAGAUCUCCAAGGGGGCUCAGAGAGCUCCGACAGGAGACAGUGUACUGGGAAACAUGUCAUUGUACCACUUCACAAUUCAUCUGGUCCAAAAAUGUACUACAAGUGUGAAAAUUGCUCCUUCAUCUGUGUGGAAGUUUCUAAGCCAGAGAUACUUGAAACUUCAACAGAAGGAAAAGGUAGCAAUGUUUCUGUGUUGCUGCAAGAUUCAAAUGAAGAAGAUGCAGAAGGUGUUGCUAGUUGUGACAACAGUGGAGGAGAACGCAAAGGAGAGAAGAGGACUCGUACAAAAGGGUUCAGAUGUUCCCUCUGCAAGUCUGAUGUCACGUUCCUGAGUCUUGCUGCACUACGGCAGCACAGGAAGGACUCCCAUGGGAGCAAACCUACUGACAAACAACCAAACAGAACAACACAGCAGCAAGAGAUGAAGCAAGAGUUAAGAGCAAGAUCAAAACUUUCACAAAAAUCUGAGUCUUCCGUGGAGCAAAAAGAGAGGGCAGGUCAAAGACCAAAGAAUCACAAGCGAACCAAAGACGUGAAGUGUCCCGUGUGCCACAAACUAGUCCCACACAGCAUGUCUCUGAACAGACAUCUGCACAGUCACAACAAGACUGCUGAGUGCCUGUUGUGCCACAGUAAAUUCCAGGAUAACACUGUACUGAAAACCCACAUAGAGAACCUCCACAUGACCUGGGUCCCCUCUUCAGAACCUCAGGGCCAAAGUCCACCAGUAAGUUCCUCAACAUGUAUGAUAGGAGAAGCAACAUGUAGUAGUGUUCAAGACCACACAGUAGGUAAUGGUGGACUCACAAUGGCAUCCAUUCAGGGAGUAAUUGAAAGUAUGAACAGCGGAGAAAAUCUCAGGCCAGGCAGUGUUGAUACUGACUUGGGACGAGAUCCCGCCGAGGUGUUCUCUCAGCUUCUGUCAAGCGGAGCCAUACUGGGCGGGGAUACAGCUAACCAGGAUGUAUUAGGGGGUAAUAUUAGAUGGGAAAGUCUGACUCAAACACAGAAUUGGUCAGACAUAAGAUUUCCUGAAAAUUCACCUGACAAAGCAGAAGUCACAAACCCUAAGGAAAGUACUAAAACUAAGAUGACUUGUACUCACUGUCAAGCCAGGUUCACAACAUCCUGUCAGCUAAGUCAGCAUCUAUCCAGCUCUCAUGGCCUUACAAGGAGGUUCCGGUGUGAGGAUACCUCCUGUAGGAAAGUGUUCGACACCAUAGAAAGUUUUAAGGAGCAUACAGCUGUCCACAGUCACAAGCCUUACAAUUGUAGGACAUGUGAAAGCUGUUUUGUAAGCAAGAUGGAGUUACAAAAGCACCAGGCCAGUGAACACAAGAUUGAGAAAGGGGUGAAGCUGACAUGGAGAGACUAUGCGAAGUAUUCCUGUCCGAACUGUGUGUUUCGUAGCAGGGGUUACAAGGCUUUGCAAAAACACCUGGCUGAGGAGAGUCACAGCCACAUGUGUAAGGUGUGUGGGAGGAUCUGUACCAGCAGGGAGCUUCUCAAAAGUCACAUGGUCAGCCACAACGACCAGAAUUCUUUCCUGUGCGAGGAAUGCGGAAGAGGUUUCAAGUCCAGCGACGCUAUGAGACGUCACCGCUUGCAGAAGCACUCGGAGCAGCGGAACCACAUCUGUCCUCACUGUGGACUGAGAUUCAAGCUCAGCAACAAGUUAGGCAGACACAUCAGGACAGUGCACGCCACUGACAAACCCCACAAGUGUCACCUGUGCGACAGGGCGUACACGCGCCGGGACAAGCUCCGGGACCACCUGAUGACCCACACCAACGAGAGGCCAUACAAAUGCUCGUACUGCUCGUUGGGAUUCAACAGGAAGGAUCAUCUGAACGAUCACGUCAAGCUCCACACGGGAGACUUCAAGUUCCACUGCAACAACUGUGGCAAAGGUUUCACCAGGGAGAAGUAUAUGAAGGAACACAAGUGUACAGGACGGUCCCAGCCUAGGACUACCCUUGUUAUGGCCCCACCCUUACCACAGUUACACCUCCCAGUGGUGACCAUGGAUGGUACAGAGAGCAUGGAGGCUGCUAAUGCAACCUUCACAAUCUCCAGAAUGGCAUGGACUGAGUUUAGCUCACAAGCCUUUGAGUUGGGCCAAGGACAAGGCUCUAUCAACUCAAAAUAGAAAUUAUUUUCUAUUUUACAGUCUUGUGUUAAAAUUUUAUUGUACAAGCUGAAAGCUGAAAAACACAGUCACCACAGUCGAGUGUGCUUUGUUGGGUAAUCACACAGGCAGCAAAUGCUAUAUCAUUAGGCUAUGGACAUUUAUAGGUCACAAGCCUUUCGUUGAUGAGUUUGGCCAAGGCCAAAGCCCUUUCAACUCAAAAUAGAACUUAUACGAUGUAUUUUACAGUUUUAUUUGUUUAAAAAAUCUUCUUGUACAAGCUGAAAGCUGAAAAACACAGUGACCUUUCAACAUCACUAUCAUAAAGAAAAUUCUGAUUAAUUAUUGACUUGAAAAGCUAGUUUCUUGCAAUUUUUAAAAUUAGUUUACCGCUAUUUUGUGCAAUCAUAAGGCUUAGUGACAAUAGAAUGAUUGGUAUUUUGGUAUAACUUCAAAUUUUCCCAAGUAGAUUGUAUGUAUGACUUCUACACUUCUACGAGUCACACCUGUGUAAUUGUCCAACACUGCUCACU